AAGACGUUUGGGCUCAGAUAUCCUCCCCUCCUCCUGCCCGAGCCGCCCCUGCAGUGGGCUCGGCCCCGUCGAGUCAUGCAGGCGCCGUUGUUCAACCGGUCGCUGCCCACGGAGGGCAGCACGGGCAUGCUCAGCGACAUUCGGGACACGCCCGAGGUCAUUAAGAGGGUGCUGGCCACCUACCUCAAGGCCCCGCCGAGCGGCGAGGGCAGCGCCGACUUCCCCAGCCUCAGGCAGCCCCUGCCGGAGGGCCACGGGCUCGCAGGCCGCACGCCGAUGGAGGUGAUGGCGGCCUGUAACCCCCCGGAGGGAGGCUCCUUCAACAACAAGUUCGUCAUCAUAGGCUGCGGCACGUCCAACCACGCAGCGCUCGUUGCGGAGUACCUGAUAGAGCUGGUAAACAUCGCCCGGAUCCCGGUCGAAGUGCAGUAUGCGUCAGAGUACAGAUAUCGCAAGCCCCUCGUGCGUCCCGGCGACGUGCUCUUCGUGGUCUCCAACUCUGGCGAGACGUCUGACGCGGUGGAGAGCCUGAGAUUGGUCAGGAAGUGCACGAACGGCCAGAAGGUGCUCAUCAUCGGGGUCGUCAACGAGGCUGACUCCACCAUUGCGAAGGAGAGCGACGCCUUCAUCAGCGUUCUGGCCGGCAAGGAGAUGGGCGUCGCAUCUACCAAGGUGUUCUCGUCCACCAUCCUCACAUUCACGCUGCUGGCCAUUGCCCUCGGCGAGUGCACGAAAAACUUCACGGAGGCACAUAAAACGGCGCUGCUCGAGGCGGUGCGCGCGUUGCCUGGCUCCGUGCAGGAGGUGCUCGACCGGGAUACCAAGAUUUUCAAGAGCCAUGAGAGCAGGCUGGAGAUCGGCGAGUGCGUUUUGUGGGACAUUGCUUGUCAGAACGUGCUCGCCAACAAUUUCAUUUUCCUAGGCCGAGGCUUUUGCUUCCCAGUGGCGCUCGAGGGCGCCAUGAAGAUCAAGGAAACGGGGCUUGCCUACAUCCACGCCGAGGGCUACCCAGCCGCGGAGAUGAAGCACGGCCCUAUCGCGCUCAUCGACCAGUUCAUGUCGGUGGUCGUCAUAGCUCCUAAGUGCGACCCAUCCUACGAGAAGAUCAAAUCUAACAUCGAGGAGACGAAAGCACGCAGCGGCAACAUCAUCGCCAUCACCGAGUACCAGAACGACGACCUGGAAACCCUGUGCCAGCACGUGAUCAAGACCCCGCCAGCGCACGAGUAUACCAUGCCCCUGCUGGCAGUGAUAGAGAUGCAGCUGCUCGCCUGCAUGAUGGGCAUGCUACGCGGGAACGAGGUGGACCAGCCGCGAGGGCUGCAAAAGACGAUCACGGGGCAGGUCCGCUCGUGAGUGCCUCAGGGCGACAGCUCGCGCCGGAUACCCUCCCUGAAAGAAACGUUCAAGCGCCCCCCUAACAGACAACUUAACCUCCGAACUUCCUUUCUCCUCCUCCUCCUCCUCCUCCUCUGCCAGCGCUCGCUCCCCUGGCGGCGAAAAGGCCCGCAGAGGAUUCGGCCCAGCGGAGCGGUGCCCACGACGGCGGCGAAAGCCGCGGCGGCGGCGGCGGCGACCACGAUGACCCCGUGCAGGCGUGCAGGACUGCGUGGAGUUGCUUGGUGCUUGGUCGCUGGGCUGUCUGCUCCACUGCCAA